UGGCGCAAAGCUGGAGCGUCGACCACGGGUAUGUGUCUAAAAUGUAAAAUUAAAAGCUAAUAGGAAGACUUAGAAUAAACGCUGGUGAGUAAUCUUAAUUAAAAAGAACAAGUCUGUGAAUGGGUUACACAGAAUAUGAUAAUAAACACACUGAGCCCAGAUUACAUUCACAAAUUCCACCUGUGUUAAAACGUUACAUCUAAUUCAGCAAGAAGUCAUUUUUAACAUACAGUGUCAAUACUUUUCAGCUCUGCAUUAUCUCUGGUAAAAUGAUACACGUUAAUUUUGAUGAUCAGUUGUUUUGCUGCCAAUCAAAAAGGGCCGUUUAGAGGCGCUUGUUGUUUUAUUUUAGUGACAUUUUGUUCCUUUGUCUCCAUCUAGUGUUUAAUGUGAUGUUUGUGACAUUUCGAUUAUAAAGUACCAAAUCAUUGCUCUACGUGGGACUACUCAUGAAUUGAAUGCCAAAAGAAUCAUAAGAAAGUUUAAAACAGUCAAUGGCCCAUUCAACGGUCAAACCCACGAAUGUAUUAACACCAGAUUCUCACCUGCUGAGAUAAAAAGCCAUGUUUAGACCGACACAAAGGUAAAACCAUACACAUAUAGGUAUAAAUGAGUUUUUUUUGUUCCUGAACUGAGCAAAUGUGUAAUCAACGCCUUUGACUGAUUAAAUCUUAUUUGGACACAAGACAAACAUUUUAAAAUCAAUAAACACAGUAAAAAAAAAGAGAAGGAAAGAUGUACAAAUAAAAGGAAAACCGUUGGCCCAAAGGGAGUGGGAAGAAGCUAGUGCUUAUUCAAGUCUUGCCAAACACUACAAAUCUACCUUAAAGAGCAAGUCACCCCCAAAUCAACUUUUUUUGCUGAUAAACUAAAUAAGCGAGUGUCUAAUCGUGCUGCAGACACGUGUCGUCAAUAAUUUGGCACUUCAGUGCAUCUUAGUUAAAAUUUAAAUAUUCUGCCUAAAACUGGCAGUGUUGUGCCGUUGUCAGGCAAAAACUCUGCACUGUAUUUGAAUUUAAAUCUGCCACCGCUAUUGGCUAAGAGGUAUGCUAUGAUGUAAACUGGUACAUUAUGAUGUCACAAUGCCGUUGUGAGCCUGUGUGUGUGUGUAUUUGUUAGCGGCUCCGCCCUCUCGGUCUGCCUGGCAACAGCAUUUGUUGCAUUUUUCAAACAUGAAGUGGGAGUGGAGUUAGACUCUGGUAGGGGGUGACUUGCUCUUUAAAUGAUUAGAAUAAAUAACUUUUUGUUUUUGUGGUGGGAAACUAAAGUGAAUAAAUACAGAGCCUUACAGAGUAUUCACAUCCCUUUUAUGCCUUUUUACAUGUUACAACGUUUUUAGUUAGAUUUUCUGUGAUAGACCAACACAAAGUACAUAAAAGUGAAGUGGAAUAAAUUGAUACACAUUUGAUAUUACCAAAUAAAAUGUGUGGCGAGCAUCUGUACACCAAGUAAACCAACUGCUUUAUUUAAGAAAAUGCGAACAAUUUCACAAAACACUGGCCUGAUAGUCUUAUUGUUCCAUUGGCAUUUGUCUCCAUCUAGUGUUUGAAACUUACGACGCUAGGGUCGUAAACUCAUGCAUAUAAAUAUUUAUUACAUGAUAUCUGUGACGUUUUGAUUUUGUAGCCUAUGAAUUAUCUCUUCACAAUGACACAAACAGUAGUAACCAUGAAAUAUGAACGCCUAGAGCAGUGGUUCUCAAAGUGGGGACUGGGACCCCAUAGAAAAGUUAAAAGUCUAAAUUACCACAUCUAUUCUGUGCACGCAUGUGUAGGUUGCAGGGCCUGGCUGGAGUUGGACACGGGCAGGGUGUAAAAGCACAGUGGCCCGUACGGGGAUCGAACCCGCGACCUUGGCGUUAUUAGCACCACGCUCUAACCAACUGAGCUAACCGGCCAUGUUGCCGAUCCACCCAACUUUACCCUCCCCAGAUCAGUGGCACCCCGGAUCCUGAAAACACCCCCACACCAGUGUGUGUGUGCCGGAUGCCAGUUUGCAUUAGUGCUGUCUUGAAUACAAAAGGACAUUUUCACAGGUCUGACUCAGGCCCAUGCUGGUGAUUCAGAGGGAUUGUCAAUCUUCUAAUGCAAGCAGCAGAUAUGAGGGCCUGCUUCUUCUUUGUUUUCUUACUGGCAGCAACAUUUGCUCUUUCUGUCAAAAGUAAACCUCAUGGCAAACACCACAGACCUCUGGAGACUUCUCACUCAGCCAAAGGAAAGGAUUUAAUCACAAAGGAGGCCUACAAGGCACAGUUGUUGCCCACUUUGGCCGCGUUUGAAGCUAGCAACCACGAGCAGCAAGAUGGAGAAAUGAUCUCGGAGGACAACACCAACACUGAAAAUGAAGAUGACGAGGUGACUGAAAACAAAAAGAAAAGCAGUGCAGUCCUGUUGAGUGAGGAAGAACUGGUAGAUCUCCUAAAGAAAGAGACAGAAGAAGAGGAAGAAGCAAAAGAAAGUGAGGUGGAGGAUGAGGAAGCAGAAGCUGGAAUGAUGGAGAAUCCCACUGACAAUGAUGGGAAUAAGAAUGUUGGAAUGUUAGAGGAAACAGAGGGCAGCACAGAAUCAGAACUUCCUGCAGAUCCUGAUUAUGCUGCUGAUGGUGAACUUCUACAACCUCUACAGACUGAACCAGCUGCUGAUGACACUCCGUCUGAUCAGAGUCAGGAUCUUCUAGAUGCUAAAAAUGAGGAUGAUGAUGAAAAGACUGAGGCCAUGCAAACCUCAGAGACAGGAAACACUGUAGGAGCCCCUGAUCAGGACAAAGAUUCACUGACUGAAAAAAAAAGUGUCAGUAAUGAAGAACUGGAGGCAAAUGAUGAUCCUCUAGUGUCAAAGAGCCUCAAAUCAGGUUUACAAAUGUCUCAAAAGGAGGAGAAAAGUAAAAAUGAGAGUGGAACUUCCACCAAGAGAAAUACAAGAAAACCAAAGAAAAACCAAAGAGCCAAGAAAGACUCUCCUCAGAGAAAUGAAACACGUUCUACGCAAGAACCGGAUCAACAGGACCGCCAGGAGCCAGAGGACGCCGGAACAGAGAACAUAGCCCAAAAAGCAAAGAGAGGACGCGCGGGAAAAUGGGGUCCUUUAGUCGGUGUGAAUCCAGUGCAGAUUAGAGCUUCAGCAGAACUCUAUCCCAGGUCCAGGUCCUUACUUGGCGGAGACAUCCAUCUUCUAAAAACCCAGUCUGAUCCAUGUGAAAAUUUCCGCUGCAAACGUGGAAAAACAUGUAAACUCGACACAGAUGGUAAACCAGGCUGUGUGUGUCAGCAACCUUCAGAGUGCCCAGGCAGGACGAAUGAAUUUGAUCAGGUUUGCGGGACAGACAACAAAACAUAUGACACGUCAUGUGAGCUCUUUGCGAUCAAAUGCAACUUGGAGGGCACAAAGAAGGGCCACAGACUUCAUCUGGACUACACCGGUCCCUGCAAAUUGAUCCCUCUUUGUGUGAGCAACGAACUGGUCCAGUUUCCUCUCCGAAUGAGGGACUGGCUGAAAAAUGUGCUGCUGCAGCUGUACGAGCAUGACUCGGCAUCACCAGGCUUCCUCACUGCGAAGCAGAGAUUUAAAGUCAAGAAAAUCUUUGAGAAUGAGAGGCGACUUCAUGCUGGAGAUCACCCCCUGGAGCUUCUUGCACAGGACUUUGAGAAGAACUACAACAUGUACAUCUAUCCAGUGCACUGGCAGUUUGCUCAGCUGGACCAGCAUCCCUCUGACAGAUUCUUGUCCCACUCAGAGCUGGCCCCGCUCAGGGUCCCUCUGGUGCCAAUGGAGCACUGCACUUCCCGUUUCUUCCAGGAAUGUGAUGCUGACAAGGACAAGCAGGUGUCAUUUAAAGAGUGGACCUCCUGCUUUGGUAUCAAAGACGAUGACAUGGACAUCAACCUGCUAUUUUGAGCUUCAUCUUCUCCCUCCUCGCCAUCACAGAGAUUUGGAAACUUAAAAGAGAAGCCCUCAAGAAUUUUUUUUUUGAUUUUCUAUCAGACUUGAGUUUAGAUUAAAUAUAUUUACUGUACCUCCACCUGUAAAAGACAAAGUUAGUUAUCAUUUAUCUGUUAGAAUACACGUGUGCUUUUAAAUUAGGGAGCUGUGACUUCAGUUCAACUGAUAGAAUUGUGUAUCUUAUAAACUCGUGUACUUAUCUGUUUAUAUUCUGCAUCUGUUUUCAAAUGAAUUCCAAACAUAUAGAUUUUAGGGUUUUUUAUUAUUUAGAGUAAUUUAGUGGUGAGUAAAUAUAAUUAUAUAUAAGCCUUUAAUCUAUGAAUGUUUACAUUUUGAUCAAUUUCAAGCCUGUAUGUAAUACCUCUGUCGUAAAUCACUAAUUGUUUUUCUUAACUAUGAAGCUAAGGUCUUCUGAUUUCAUGUUUUCUUUUAGAAUGACAAUUAAAAUCUUGAAGAACUCCAACAUUA